AUGGCUAGGGCAGCCGCCAAGCGACCUUCACCUUCUCAAGAGACAGAUGGAGAAAGUAGUCAAAAUGCUAGAGCUAGGGAAAUUAAACGGGUGAAGAGAGAGACAAUAACUGAAAGAACCGAAUUCGAAGAUGGAUCAUCGCCUGAACCUUCUUCCGAUGAAGAUUCACUACCGGAUCUGGAAGAUGCGGCUAUGAGUGACGACGAGGAUGAUGGAGAAGAUUACGAAGAACCAGCAUAUAAAGAUGAUAUACUAGUAAAAGCUUAUGAAGCUUCGAAACAACGACAAAAAGGUUAUAUCGGAGCCACUUCAAAAGCUGGUGUGCUGAAAUCCAUGAACCUCGUGGAUUUCAUGUGUCAUCGUCAUCUUAGUGUUGAUUUCGAGCCCAAGAUGAACUUCCUUGUAGGACAUAAUGGAAGUGGAAAAUCUGCACUACUCACUGCAAUCGCCGUUGCUUUAGGUGGAAAAGCGAUGACUACAGGUCGAGGACAAGGCUUGAAAGAUCUGAUCAGAAAGGGUGCAGAUAAAGCGGUUAUCACUGUUGUUAUGGCCAAUUCAGGUCCAGAAGCUUUCAAACCUGACAUUUACGAUCCUCAUAUCAUUAUAGAGCGGACCAUCUCACUCAAUGGAUCAUCCGGCUACAAAUUUCGAGCUACUAGAGAUGGCAGAACUGUAGCCAAUAAGCGAGCAGAGCUUACAGCGAUCUGCGAGAAUUUCAGUAUUAACAUCGAUUCUCCGUUGACGAUAUUGACUCAAGAUCAAGCUAGAAGUUUCUUGCAAAGUUCAGAUCCUCAUAAAAUGUACAAGUUUUUCUUAAAUGGUACUCAACUUUCAUCUCUCUUGGAAACAUACGAAUCUUCCACGCAAAACAUCAGACAGAUUGAGAACUUUGUCAAACGCCAGCUGGAUGCGAUACCUGAUCUAAAAGAGAAGGUCGAGACCCUCAAUAGGAAGCUAGUUGCAUCCGAAGCUGUUGUCAAGCAGAAACUCAAAUACAAGAAAGUGUUAAAUGCGAUGGCUUGGGCAUAUGUAACUGAAAAGGAGAAUGAGCGGGGUCGAUACGAGAACAUCGUUCGGGAAAAUGACGAGAAAAUCGACCAAGCCCAAACGGAAAUUCACAUACGAGAAAAAACCAUCAUACAGCUAGCAGAUAAGAUCAGGGAAACAGAGAAAGAUAUCACGAAUCUGGAUCAAUCACGUAAGCCAUUGCAAAAGGCGGUCCAGGAUGCAAAAGAUAAAGUCAAGAAUGAGAAACGAGAUCUGAAUGAGGCGGAUAUCACUGCCAUCAAAGAGGAUAUCGAUGCCGAAAAAGGCGGUCUCAAGAUCUUACAAGGGAAAAUCGAUGCCAAGUUGCGGAUGAACGUUGAUACUCAGAAAAGCGAACACGCAAAGGCGGUCGGUGAUCGAACAAAAUACGAAGAGUUGAUCGCGAAGUUACGAAAGGAGAAGCCUAGAAGACAACAGCAAUAUGUGGAGAAAUCAGCUGAUCUAAAAGCUGCCAAACGAGACGUUCAAGAAGUCCAAUAUCGAAUUGAUCAACAGAAUAGCACCGCCCGUGGUAUUCAAGAUAAGAUCAAUAAUCUUGAAACUCAAUCAGUCAAUCGACUCUCAGCCUUUGGACAAGGAUUGGACAACGUAAUGCGAGAUAUCCAACGUACGAAAUGGAGACACUCCCCACCACUUGGACCUCUGGGAAUGUUUGUAAAACUGGACGAUAUGGGCUAUAGGGAUAUCAUACAAACCAUUCUCGGUCAGACCCUUUGUUCCUUCGCCGUGCAAGACAAUCAUGAUCGCUCUACUCUCAUCCAGAUCCUGCAAAGGCACCUGAGGAGCGGAUAUCGACCAGGUACUGGAAUAAACCAAGUACCUCCUGUUCUCUUGCAUCACGGUGACGUCUUCGAUUUUACGCGAGGUGAUCUGAGCCAUUUGGGGCCUACAUUCCUCAGUAAACUCACUGUGGAGAAUGAGCAUGUUCUACGUUUACUCGUCACCUUGCACCAGGUGGAGAGGACUUUCCUUGCCCGAACGGUGACAGAAGCAAAUAAUGAGAUGAAGAAAAUGCACAACAGCAGAACUUUGGACAACGUCCGAUUCUUCUCUGCUGAUUUCCAACAAUUGUCUGGUACCAUUUCGAGCAAACAGUCUGGUCCAACAGGACAGUGGCGAGGCUUCACCCUCUUCACUAGAGAUUUGAAGGAUGAAGUGCAACGGGCGCGGAAUGAACUUUAUGCUUGUAACGCUGAUGAGCAAAAGCUUGGCCAAGAGAAACAGGCUGCCCUAGCAAAAGUAUCUAAUCUCGAAAGCGAGCUGUUAGAAAUCAGUAAACAAGUGGAUAAAGUCUCCAAGGGUAUUGCCCCUGCUGAGGCUAAACUUGAUGAGACCAGACGAAAGCUUGCGGAGAUGUCUUCGACAGAGAUGGAGAAUUGGGAGGCAGAUCGAGAAGAUCGAAUGCGAAAAAUCCAAGCCAAAGAAGACCAGCUGCAAGGUUUCCUGGAGGAUAAGCGAAAGCGUUUGGAAAAAGUUGAGGAAUACAACGAAGCGAUUCUCGCUCGUCAACGGGAUUUAGAUGCGCAUGCACCAGAAAGACAAAAGCAAGCGAAAACAAUGACAACUCUCGUUCAGCAACGCGCCGAGGUGGAUAUAAAGAAGAAGCAUUACGAGAAAUCCAUGAACCUCUAUCAAGAGAGAAAGAACGCAGCAGCUGCUCAGGUCGUAGAAUAUCAAGAACAGGUGGACCUCUGGAUUCCUAAAGCCCAGAAUUUCUGCGCAACGCGAGUAUACUCAGAAAAGACAUCUGACCAGCUCACCCAAGAGAAAAAUGUGCUGGAUGCCUCCAUAAAAGACGCUGAGCAACAACUCGGUGUGGACACGGAGCAUCUCGCUUCCGAAAUAGUGAAAGCCAAAGCAUUGUUAAGAGAAGUGGUGGAGAGUAUCAACAAAAUGAAUCGACUUCAAAGGAUAUUCAAUCAAGCUAUAAAGACGCGACGACUUUGGUGGGCGGAGACUCGAUCUCACACUGCUAUUCGAGCCAAGACUGCCUUUGUUGUCUUUGAGAAUCUCAGAGACAUGGACGGAAGAUUGGAUUUCGAUCAUGUGAAAGAGAGAUUAUCUUUGAUUGUUCACUCCACUACUCGUACAGAAAAUGAAGAGGGUGAAUCAACCCAACGUUCGCAUUACAAAACUGCCAAGAACCUGUCAGGAGGCGAAAGGUCAUUCUCCACUGUAUCGCUCUUAUUAGCUUUAUGGUCAACUGUACCAUGUCCUAUCAGAGCAUUGGAUGAAUGGGACGUCUUCUUAGAUGCUGCCAACAGAAAAGUCGCAGCUAAAAGCUUGAUGGAUGGCGCCAGAGAAUCCGACGGUAAACAAUUUGUCUUGAUCACACCUCAGGAUAUGUCGGGCAUCGAAGUCAAUGGACCUGACACGAAAGUGAUCCGACUGGCAGAUCCAAAUAGAAACCAGUAA